AUGGUCUUCCUCCCAUUGCUCCAGUAUCGGUCGUCGUACAAGAAUACCCCGACACAACCGCACACCCCGCUUCCCGGCGUCGACCCAAUUUAUAAUGUCGUCGAAUCCAUCGCUGCCACCUUAAGGCACACCGCCAGUGUCUUGCGAGAACUGGCACGGGUUACCUUUGACGAUGAUGUCGAUAAUUCGACUCUGGCUAGACGCUCCGGCGAGAUUCGUGAAUAUCUGAGGUCGCACUUCCCGGAUAUCAAGUUCGUCGCCUGCGCCGACCCCAAGACCCACGCCUGGCACAAACGCGGCGGGGAGGCCGCAUUCCAAGUCCGAGAUAGGCGCAACGUAAAACACACAAUCUUCGUCAACUUCUCCCUUUACGGCUCCCUCAACCACGCCCUUACCUGCCGUGCGCCAUGUGGGGACAUACACGAUAAUCCCAACUAUAAACAUUUUCUCUCCUUCCUCCUCCAUGUCUGUCUUUUGCACGAGUUAGGGCAUAUAGUCCGCACUGUCUUUGCCUCCAGGCCGACUCCUCCCAGAUAUUCUUUAUUAUCGGACACAUCCACGGGAGAAGCAGGAUUCCACGUGGAGAGAGGCGUUUUAGGCGGGGCCGUUGUAGUUGGUUAUCACACCGAAAGCGCUGACAAGUCGUUCGUCCUCGAGUGGGAAAAUGCUGUAUGCGUUGGCUUUUGUCAACCGGACGGUGAGAUCCGAUGGCUCUCAUGGGCCCAACGUGAACAUCCCCUUUGGGCCAUCUUCAGAAGAGGAGCCAUCUACCGCGUGAUUCAGCAUGUAGGAUCACUCCCCACCGAGAUGAAUGAUUAUCCUCUGGAUACGGUGGCGCGUUUGAGCUCUAUUAACUCAACUUCAACAUCCGGUGAUCCUUGCGGCAGCGUUGGCGACAAGCCCGAAAGCACCAUAUACCCUGUUGAACCCGUGUCUCCUUCCCCCGGUAUUCAUCCAACAUCCUCAACUACAUCGUUGCUGUGUUUGCCCAGCUCUGCGACCCUCACAACUGGGCUUUUGGGCCUGCCAGGUGAAGACAGGGAAAUUUUUGUUGACUAUAGGUCUACUCCGGACGUGAUAUAA